AUGAUCGCCAAAAACCCCAUUCCACGCCGAGUGGCGAUCACACGAAACUAUAAACUCGACGGAGCAUGGGGUCAGGAGAUGCUCGAUUCGUUCACUGAUCUAAUUCACGCGGCUGAUAAGGACGCUCUCGUCCAGCAUUUCCAGCCCAUCGACGGCGGCGAAUUACCUGACGCCUCCAACUUUGACUUGGUGAUAUUGACCGGUGGCACAUACGAUCUUACACAGCCAGACUUCGAGGCCUGGGUGGCACAUCUUCUUGACUGGGUGAGAGAUGUGGUCUCAAGCCACCCGAAGACGAAACUUCUGGGGAUAUGCUGGGGUCACCAAGCUAUAUCGUACGCCCUUGGAGGCAAAAUAGCCUACAGGGGAGGCGGAACACUGGUGGACGUGGUCGAAAUUCCUCUGACCGAGACUGGUCGCAAGUUCUUCACGGAUUUCAGCUCAUUGUCUGACAUGAAAGCGCAGCGACUUCACAAAUUCCACAAACGUAUUGUGGUCGAACCACCUCGAGGGUUCAGAUAUCUAGCGGAGGAUCAUGAGAUAUCCAUGUCUGAUUCUGAUCAGGUCAUGACAUUCCAAGGUCACCCUGAGAUGACUGCAAAGAUCGCACAAGGCAUCAUCGGCGGUCAAGAUACGUCGUACCUUGCAGAUCCAACACCAGAAGGCAUCGCGCAGCUCAAUCGGAACCUGGAAAAGGACGAGGAUGGAAAGGAGGCGUUUUCGAGAGUCAUGUCGUGGGCUUUUGAGAAUUGA